GCCGCCGCGAGCCGAGCGGGCAGACGCUGCCGAGCUGCGCGGCGCUGCGGCUCGGCCGGGGAAGGGCUCGUGAUUGGUCGCGGCGCUCUCGUGCCGGCGGUUGCUAGGCUCCCGUGCGCCGCCCCUCCCCCAGAUCUCAAGCCUGGCAGCAAUGAAUAUGGUGUGAGGAACCUGUGAAUGCCCUGCUCUGGCUCUUCAUAGCUGGCUGACUUCUGGAUCCUCUUUUCUGGCUAGAGCGUUGUAUAUGGUGCGUGCGGAGAGAAUGACUCUUGGAUUUGUACAGCUGCCCCCAGUGCUGGGGAGGACUUUACUGGUGCUGAUGGUGACUACCUUUGUAAAGUGCCACUGGCCCAGUGAGGCCUCAGAAGUGGUGCGGGACUGGGAAAAUCAGCUAGAGGCCUCCAUGCAUUCGGUGCUUUCGGACCUCAGAGAGAGCGUGCCAGCAGUGGUGGGGAUUCCAGACAGCUCUGCCGUAGUUGGUCGCUCCUUCCGAGUCACCAUCCCAACAGACCUAAUAGCUGCCAAUGGAGAAGUUAUCCAGAUCACUGAAGCUGGAAAAGAAUCUUUGCCUUCGUGGCUGCAUUGGGAACCAGACAGUAGCACCCUGGAAGGUCUCCCACUUGAUACAGAUAAGGGCAUUCAUUAUAUUUCAGUGAAUGCAAUGCAGCUAGUAUCUAAUGGAAGCUACAUACCCCAAACCACCAAUGUCUUUUCAAUUGAGGUCCAUCCUGAAGAUCACAAUGAACCUCAGUCGGUGCGGGUGACCUCACAAGACGUGAAUGAAGCAGCACCGUUUGUGUGUAGUGCAGAGGAACCAGUCACUAUUUUGACUGUAAUUUUGGAUGCUGACUUAACAAAAAUGACACCAAAGCAAAGGAUCGAACUUUUAAACCGCAUGAAAAGCUUCUCAGAAGUGGAACUUUAUAACAUGAGAUUGGUUCCUGUUGUAAAUAAUAGACUUUUUGACAUGUCAGCAUUUAUGGCUGGACCAGGGAAUGCGAAGAAAGUGGUGGAAAAUGGAGCUUUACUGUCCUGGAAAUUGGGAUGUUCCUUGAGCCAAAAUAGCGUCCCCAACAUAAGUAAUGUUGAAACUCCAGCUAAAGAAGGUACAAUGUCUGCUCAUCUUGGCUACCCUGUAGUUGGCUGGCAUAUCGCUAACAAGAAACCUAAUCUUCCAAAGAGAAUUCGGCGGCAAAUUAAUGCUACACCUACACCUGUGACUGCUGUUGGACCACCAACAACUGGCCUCCAAGAGCCCCCAACUAGAAUUGUCCCAACACCCACUUCUCCAGCCAUUGCACCUCCUACUGAAACGACGGCUCCUCCAGUGAGAGAACCUGUACCAUUGCCUAAAAAACCCACAGUUACUAUUAGAACAAGAGGUGCUAUUGUUCAGACACCAACUCUCGGACCAAUUCAGCCGACCAGAGUGGGAGAAACAACUACUACUCCCCCUGGCCCAAUUCAGCCGACAAUGACAGGGUAUGUGGAACCUACUGCUAUAGUUACCCCACCCACAACAAAGAAGCCAAGAACCACUCCAAAACCAGCCACGCCAUCAACCACUGAUACCACAACACGAAAACCCCCUAAAAAAGGUCCCAAAACUCCUCGACCUUCAAAGACACCUGGGACUACUCGGUCACCCAUCAUUAAACAGGAAACAGCUUCACCACCAUCUCGCGUGCGCACCACUACCAUUGGAACUCCCCGUGUGCCCAAUGAUCCACCUGAGCUGAAAAACCACAUUGACAGAGUAGAUGCAUGGGUGGGCACUUACUUUGAGCUUAAAAUACCUUCAGAUACUUUCUAUGACAAGGAAGAUACCACCACUGAUAAACUGCAGCUGACCAUGAAACUACUGGGUGAGCAGCCACUGGAAGAAAAUUCUUGGGUGCAGUUCAAUAGCACUAGUCAGCUAAUGUAUGGGCUGCCUAAUCUCACCCAUGCAGGCAUUCAUGAAUAUUUCAUGCAUGCCACUGACAAAGGUGGCCUUACAGCUGUGGAUGCAUUUGAAAUAUUUGUCCAUGCUCUUGAACGAGACGAGGUGCCUCCAGUUAAAUUUAAGGCCAAAUUCCAUGGAGACCAUAAUACAGUUACCAACGACAUUCAUAAGAAAAUUAUGUUGGUAAAGAAGCUGGCAUUUGCACUUGGAGACAGAAACAGUAGCACUAUUACCAUAGCCAACAUCAGCAGAGGUUCUAUUGUAGUUGAGUGGACGAACAACACUCUGCCUUUUGAACCGUGCCCAAAAGAGAAAAUUCGAGCCAUGAGCAAAAAAAUUUCUGAUGAUUCUGGUACUCCAAGCCAAGCUUUCUCUAAUGCCUUAGAACCAGAGUUCAGGCCUAUCAACAUUUCUGUAGUUGGUGCUGGCAGCUGCAGACACAUCCAAUUUAUUCCAGUAACUAAAGAUGGACCACCUACAACUGCACCGCCUACAGAUGUGCUUCCAGGGCGAGAUCCAGAAAAGACAAGUGAGGACGAUGUGUACCUGCACACAGUAAUCCCUGCAGUCGUGGUGGCAGCCAUUCUGCUGAUUGCUGGAAUUAUCGCCAUGAUUUGCUAUCGCAAGAAGAGAAAAGGCAAACUUACCAUAGAAGACCAGGCUACCUUUAUCAAGAAGGGAGUACCCAUAAUCUUUGCAGACGAACUAGAUGACUCUAAGCCGCCUCCUUCGUCCAGCAUGCCAUUGAUUCUACAGGAAGAGAAAGCCCCUCUCCCACCCCCGGAGUACCCAAAUCAGAACAUGCCAGAGACCACACCGCUCAACCAAGACACCAUAGGGGAGUACACACCACUGCGGGAUGAAGACCCCAAUGCACCUCCCUAUCAGCCUCCCCCACCCUUCACAGCACCCAUGGAGGGCAAAGGUUCCCGCCCGAAGAACAUGACCCCGUACAGGUCUCCACCCCCUUAUGUCCCUCCUUAAUGAACAAUAGAUGCGUGCGGAGAUGGGACCUAUAGUUCCACACCAGUGUUUGUCUGUCAGGAUCGUUGGCCUGCCAAUCCGUUACCAACCAGAAAACCAACAUCCAGAAUCUCAAACGUUGCCCGGUCCCAGCAGGCCCUCUCCAAAUGCAUUUGCUACACCAGAGUGCUUGUGGAACUUUCGGGAGACUGUUUAUUUUUUGCCUAACAGCUUUUGUUUUGUUUAUUCAUAGAAAAAAAAUCUUCUUGGCUCAAAAAGUAUUUCUGACAGCAGGCGUCUCAAAGCAUCAGUGAACUUGUGCAAAGGGAGACUGGCUGGACAUGCAGGCAGCACUAGGGGUGUGGCACGCUGGGUCUCUGCUGUUUGCCUUUAAAACUAACUGUACUGUUUUUUCUAUUCACAUGUGUCUAGCUACAGGGCAUAACAUGAAACAUAGCCUAAGAAUUAAAUUCAGAGGACUUUCUGAGGUCAACAUUAAGUUUUUACAUUUAAUCGCUGUUACCUAAACUUGUAUGUAUAGAUUUGGGGAAGGGGGGGGGGAAGUGCUUUGCUACAAAUAAGCUCCUGGGGUGUUUCCAAUGCCAGUCAGGCAGAGGGACUGUUUUUUAAAUCAAAGGAAUCCUAU